AUGACGUGCCUCCUAGGUCAAUGGGUGAACCAAUCUACAAAUUUAGGAUUUACUAGCUCGUUUUUGUUACCGCGUAUUCAUCUCGGAACUGUCCCGAGCUCCUCAGGCCUUACACUACCGCUCAAUUCACCUAGUUAUCGCUACCUAAUUGACAUCUCCUCUAUCCUCCAUCUACCUUUGCUUUCAAAGCUGUAUAUUUUCUUCCAGCGGUUUCUAGCUUCAACGCUCACUAACCCAUCCUGCGUUGUAGUCUCAUCGGCGUUGCCAAACCCAGCAUUGGCAUUGAUUCCACCGCUUAUAAUGCCAAAUUCCGCCUCUAUAUGCGUAGCAAAUUUCAAGAUCGCGGCAACUUCUAGUUCGUUUUGCGGCUUAACGAAGCAUGCAAAUGGGAGCCAGCAUGUAUCAGGCCUUCCAAGGAAACCGAAGGUGCUUGCUGGACUUAAUAUCUUCCAUGAUAUAGAGGAGGUAACUGUUUACAAGGUGGUAAGCCUGACUUUCUUGCAUUUCUACAUUGAUAUUCCGUGUAAUUUUGCUACAAGAUCUAUAUCAGAAUUUGUUUUGGCGGCAUUAUACCACAUUGGCUAUCUAGGUAUACCUAUCAUUGACCUGAUGUUUGGUAGCUCCUAUCUGAUACAGUCAACUCUCGAUGGCGCGAUACAAUUCUGGAACAAGGAUUAUAUUGUUAUCAGAGUUGUUAACAAUCAAUCCAAUCAAUCCACCUGA